AUGGCCAGGCGGCCUGUUGUACGCUUUUCCACCGGUGCGUCUCCUGCCGGUCCUGCUGCGGAGGAUCGAACAGGAGAGGAGAUCGGUGAUCCUGGUGGCUCCGGACAGUCCGCAUGCCCGGUGGUUCCCCUUCCUGAGGGGCAUGGCGGUGAUGGAGCCCUGGGCCCUCCCGGACGAGCCGGGGGCUCUAGUCCAGGGGGCAGGAGCCCUGUUUUCACGUCCGAUAAUCGGCCGCAGGCUCUGGGUUUGGAGGUUGAGAGGCGGAGCCUCGUUGAUCUGGGUCUUCCCCCUGCGGUGGUGGAGACCAUUCAGGGAGCGAGGGCGCCGUCCACCGUGAGGGCCUACGCCACGAGGUGGAGGCUAUUCAGUGUCUGGUGCGAUUCCCGUUCCUGGGAUCCCAGGUGUUGCCCGCUGGAGGGGGUCCUGGGAUUCCUACAGGAGCUCUUCGACAAGGGGAGGGCUGUCGCUACCUUGGCGGUGUUCGCGGCAACCAUUACUUCGGGUCACGACGGAUUCGGGGGGGUUCACAGCCCGAGGAGGCCCCCGCUCCAGAGAACGCCUCCGGUUUGGGACCUCAGGGUGGUCCUUAGGGGGCUGUCGGGUCCGCCUUUUGAACCGGCGGCGGAGGCGAGUCCCGAGUGUAUCGCCUUUAAGACGGCCCUCUUACUGGCGUUGGCGUCUGCAAAGAGGGCGGGCGAUUUGUGUGCGCUCUCCGUCCAUGCGUCGUGCCUGUCCUUUGGAGAGGACGACGGCAUGGUGGAAUUGUGGCCCAAUCCGGCUUUUCUCCCCAAGGUCAUCACGUCGGCCUUUAGGUCGAGGGUCAUCAGGAUUAGGGCUUUCCACCCGCCGCCGCAUGCCUCUCCCGAGGAGGAGCGGCAGCACCUUCUGUGUCCUGUCAGAAUGCUGAGGCAUUACCUGGCCAUGACGUCGUCAUUCAGGUCGGGUGAUCAGCUGUUUGUGUGUCUGGGCCCCAAGAACAGGGGCGCCCCGCUGUCGGCUCAGCGGCUGGCGCAUUGGGUCGCCACGGCGGUGCGGCGGGCGUAUCAGACGCAGGGUCUGGCCCCCCCGGUGGGUUUCAGGUCGCAUUCCACGCGUGGGAUGGCGGCCUCUACGGCCCUUCUCAGGGGGGCGUCGUCGAGGACGUUUGCCGUGCGGCUUCUUGGGCGUCGUCCUCCUCUUUCGUCCGGUCUUAUCUUUCGGAUGUGUCGGACCGGUCGGUGGCCCAUUCCGUGCUGA